AUCUUUCUCUACACAAACCUCUCGUCAAGCGUGGUCGCAGACAUCUUAAUUGCCACGUAUAUGUGGUGGAUUCUCCGACAGAGCCGUACGGGCAUAGCGAAUACCGACUAUAUCUUAGGCCGCUUGACAAUCUACAGUAUCAGCAUCGGACUCCUGACAUGCUUCUGCACAUUGCUGUGUAUUAUCCUCUACGCGCUACUGCCUCCCUCGAGGAAGUUUGCUUUCGUCGCAGUAUACUUCAUCCUCCCGAAACUACUACUCAAUUCCAUGCUUGCCACGCUCAACGUCCGUCAGUGCACCAAGACGGCCGCGCCGAACGAGUUUACUGUGACCACUGCAACCCACCGCGAGCUCGGUACUCCCAAUGGUCCAUUUUCCACAGUGGUCGAAGUUCUGCACCGUCGCAGAGAGAGCCUGAGUCGGACUCAUGUCGUGAGUUCGCCAGCGCCUGGAAUAUACAUCCAUGUCGAUCAUCAUGUGCACAAGGACGCGGAUUACCCUCACGGGGCUGAGGUUGACCAGCAGGAGAUGUCGACGGAGGGGCAUCAGGUCUUAUGGGCGGUCUGACCACUUGGACCUGUGUUGAACCACUUGGACCUGUGUUGAAUAACUUGAAUUGCCGCUGCGUCAAUUGAUAAAGCCAACGAAUACAAUUGCGUUCCGAGCACAAUAAUAUACCAUGUUUGGCUG